CACAGAUUGAGGUUACAGCAUAAUCGUGAAGUUAAAAUGGUGAUUAACACGGAAACUAAUUUAAACAGAUCAAAAUCCACUGGAAACCUGCACAUUAAUAGCGAUAACGAUCAUGAUUAUUCUGAUAAUCGUGCGAACAGUGAAUCUUCGUUUGAAUGGGAACAACACGAUGAAGCGGGAAAAGAUUCGAUACGAUUCGAUAUGCACUUCCAUAGCAUAAUGGACGAUCCAGAAAGCCCUUUCAGAUCUUUGAUGAAAAAACUCGAUAAUAUGGCCAUUCAAGCAAAUGCGGUUGUUCAUGCCGUAGAAUCAGCGAAACAGGAGGUUUUGGAUGUGAUACAUAAAAUGAACAAUAUCCAAUUUACAGUAUCCGAACAGUACCCACACGUACAAAAUUUAAGUUCGGAAAUAAAACAGAGUUCAGCAGAAGGGUCCGACGAACCCAGCAAGAGGUUGCUUGACGCCAUUACAGCGCAAGAGCUAAAUGCAGAAAUUGAUAAUGCAGUUACUGAAUUGUUACAAAGUGACGAGUUCAAAGACCGCGUGGUAACCACAACAGUAGACUGCCUGAGGUCUAUCAUCAGCAACAGCAUCAAACAAGCCUUCCCGGACACGUACCGGCCAGUGCUGAACAGCUUCCAGGCGAAGGUGGUCCGACAGGCGAAGAGGACACUGCACAAUGCGUUUCGUGAAUUAGAUAGAAACUCGGAAUACUUCUGCCAGUCGGUUCAAGAGACCACCCUGUCCAUCACACGCGCGAUGGAAAAACGUGAAAAUGCUAGAAACACAGAAGAGUACGGAAAAUCGUUACAAGAGACAUUGGAAGAGAUUUUGAAAAAAGAACUCCAGGAAUGGCGCCAAAAUCUAUGGGACAUUCUGACACCGCAAAUGCUGCCAAAACCGGAGUUCCCAGAGAGAGCAGAGACACCAGAGGAGGAUGUACCCGCUAGCCCAUCCCAGCCACCUGACCCUUCUAAAUCUAUUGUUGAACAAUUGUUAAAAUCAGCCAUGAUCAACAAGCUGAUAAGCGAGGGCAAAGUGAACGAGUCCUUCGAGCAGGCGCUAUCUGCUCGUGACUUGUCUCUGGUAGUAGCGGCUUGUAGAGCAGCAGGGCCGGCUCUAGCGCCGCGCUUGCAGCAACACACGCUGCUGUCGCUCGUGCAGCAGCUCGCUACGGAUAUGCUGCAUGAGACGCAGUUGAAGUGCAGAUAUCUUGAAGAGGCUUUAAUAAACUUGGAUGCAAGAGAUCCAACAACACGGUGUCACUUGCCGCUGGUCGUGGGCGAAGUUCGCAAGCACCUCUCAAACUUUCUUAAAACCUACCCCGGUCACGUCGCAGGCCGACGUAUUUCAUUGAUAAUUUUGGCCGCUGAAAAUUUAUUAAAAUGAUUCAUUUAAUUGUUAUUUUUUAUGGCAUAUACUUUUUAGUUAAAGUAAAUAAAUAUAAUAAAUUAAUGCAUGUU